AUGCAGUCUCCAGUUGUCAUUGUCACGGGUGCUUCAAAGGGUAUUGGCAGAUCGGUUGCCACCAUUCUGCUGAAACAGUAUAAUGCACGUGUGGUAGCAGUCGCUCGUAGCAAAGACCAGUUGGAAAAGCUUCGCGAGGAGGCAGCGACUCAUCAAAAGGGCGACGACUUGCAAAUCGUUGUCGGUGACGUUACCGAUGAAAACAUUGUCAAGCAAUCUGUCAAAGCUGCUGUCGACAAGUGGGGACAGCUGGACGGUGUGGUAGCCAAUGCUGGUGUUUUGGAACCCGUUGCUACUGUGGCUGAAGGCCUCGUUGAGGAUUGGAAACGUAGAUUGUUUGAAGUGAACGUAUUUUCCGUCAUCCGACUUGUUCAGGAAGCACUGCCUUUGCUUCGUCAAUCAAAAGGUUCCAUUAUCAUGGUUUCCUCUGGCGCUGCUUCCAAGGGAUACCGCGCUUGGGGCGCCUAUGGAUCUUCCAAGGCCGCUUUGAACCACCUUGCAUCUACCUUGUCGGUGGAAGAACCCGAUGUAACCACCAUUGCUCUCCGACCCGGCGUUGUGGAUACCGAGAUGCAAGGUUUAUUGCGCGCCAUAGGCAAAGACGCCAUGAAGGACGACUACCAAAAGUUUGUUACGCUGCAUGAAACCGGUCAAUUGGUGCAUCCUGAUCAGCCUGGCCGCGUUAUUGCUUCUUUAGCAACUCAUCACCAGCCCCAAUUUUCUGGCCAAUUCCUCAGCUGGGACGAUGAAGUUUUGAAGAAUGUUGCUUAG